AUGGAAGCAAACUGUACCAUAUGCUGGGAUCUCUUAAAAUAUCCGCUUGGUAAACCUGAUAACUGUGAGCAUAAGUUUUGCUUUAAAUGUAUUAGUAACUGGUUGAAAAAGCGAUCCCAAUGUCCACUCUGUGGUGGUGCGACAAAAUAUCUCAUCAAAAUUGAGGAAACUAAGAAAGAAACAAAAGUGCCAGUGAAAAAACGAACAGCAACGCAGUUUGAAAAUGAGCUGCUUGUCCGAGAACAACUGGAAGGACGUUAUAGCGGAUCUUUAGAUGAAGAUAUCACCGUUCAAUAUGCAAGCUGCCGUUCAUGCAGACGUUCAGAUAACGAGCAUUUACUGCUGCUUUGCGAUGGAAACGUUGGUCAGAAUGCUGAUGGUUCCAUGAUUCGCUGUAAUGUCGCCUAUCAUAGUUAUUGCUUACCGGAAAAACUGGAACAAAUCCCGAAAGAUGACUGGUUUUGUCCAUUCUGUGCGAACAAGUUACAAAAUGAGCAGCAUUUCUCAAAUCAAACAAAUUUAAAUGUUUUCCCUUCGGAAGCUGGCACCAGCAAUUCAUCACUUUUAAAAAAUGAAACAGAUUCUCGCCAAGAUUCGACCUGCCAUCCAAAUGAAAAUUCAAAACAGGAUGAAAUGAAAAUGGAAACUACUGAAUGCAGUAGUAUUACAGAAUCCGAAUCAACAGUUCACGGCGAUGCGGAAAGUAAAUCUGUCGAAAGUAAUUAUAGUGAUGAAAACAGUGAAUUAUAUUCAGGAAGUGAUGCAAGUGCUGAUAAUUAUGAUGAUAGUGAUUAUGAAGAAGCAGAUUAUGAUAGGAUAAUGGAAUCUAGCAAUGAAAUAACUGCUGACGAUUCUGAAGCAGAAAAUACUCUUGGAUCAAGUUCUGAUAACGACAAGUUAGAAUGUGAAGAAUCGGAUGAAACUGAUUCUGAAUAUAAGCUCAAUGGACCGAUGUUUUACAGACAAAGAAGGAUGAAGUGUGAUCGGGGAAAAGUAGCACAUACCGCGGACAGAGUUACAGGAUUUGUAACAAAGAUGAAAUCAAAAGCUGGACAAACCGUGACAAAAUAUCAAGGAUUCAGUCUGACACGUCGUCAUUCUACCUAA